GGCGUGCGGGGCCCCGGGGGCGCCGCGCCCUCCAUGCCCCGCGGCGCGCCGCCAGCCCCGCCCGCAGCCCGCCGGCGGCCGGCAGCAUGAGCCAGGCCGAGCUGUCCACCUGCGCGGCGGCGCCGCCGCAGCGCGUCUUCCAGGAGGCGGUGCGCAGGGGCAACACGCAGGAGCUACAGUCUCUGCUGCAGAACAUGACGAGCUGCGAGUUCAACGUGAACUCGUUCGGGCCCGAGGGCCAGACGGCACUGCACCAGUCGGUGCUGGACGGGAACCUCGAGCUGGUCAAGCUGCUGGUCAAGUUCGGCGCGGACAUCCGCCUGGCCAACCGCGACGGCUGGAGCGCGCUGCACAUCGCGGCGUUCGGCGGCCACCAGGACAUCGCGCUGUAUCUCAUCACCAAGGCCAAGUACGCGGCGGGCGGCCGGUGAGGACGCGCGCGCCCGCAGCACCGUGCUGUAGCUCACCGCCGAGACCAAGUACGCGGCGGGCGGCCAGGGAGGACCGGGCCCGCGCCGGACCCGCGCCGGACCCGCACCCGGGCCCGUGCCGCCGCCUCUGCUGUACCUGCGCGCCAACUACCUCGGUCUGCCCCCACCCCCCCGUGAUGUCCGAGUGUCGCCGGCUGCCCCUCCGAGACCCCGCCGCGGGCGUCCCCAGCUAUUUAUCGCGUGUGUGUGUUUGUGCGUGAAGUCUGCGCGCCUGGCGCUCGUCUUUGUCGCUGUUCGUUCCUUCGGAAAACGCUGUGCGUGGCCCGCGGGGCGCGUGGCCCAUGCUGUCCUGAGCGGGAAGGAUGCGUUUUCCGUUUUGUUUUGUUUUGUUUUCUGAUCUUAAAAACUUGAGUCGACUGCGUUCCGGUUGCACUGAAUCCCGCGCCCGCGGUCCCGCGCGCUCGCUCGUGCGGGCAGCGGCGGCCCCUCGCAGCGAGGUCGUGACCGCGAACGGUCGGUCGCACGCCUUUUUUUUUUUUUUUUUUUAAUUUUUAAAAAGUGAAUGGAUUUGCCACGGUUAAGUGUCAUAACAUUUAUGACGGAAUGCAAAAUGCUGACCCUUUAAGCAGAGUCUGCGGGUGUCCUUGGGCCCUGGCCGCGAGGGCGCCGUGGCCCGCGCCGCCGAGCGAGUGUCCCCGUAUUUAUAUUUGUGUGAGAUGCCUGCCAGACUGUGAAUCGCCCGCGCCGGCCGCACGGACCCGAGCGGCGCCCGCAAGCCCCGCCGUGGGGGAGGGGCGGACCCGGGCGGGGCGGGGCCCCCUCGUUCUAUGCAACCCCACACCCCUCGUUGUCGGGAUCCCGGGAAAGAAAGAGAGGCUGAAUUAUUCACAUUUAAAUGAGGUUUCCCUUCUUGGAAGUGCUGCUGACCCUUCGCGCGAAAAUGGGGAGCACUCGAGGACACAGGUGGGCGGAGGCCCUUUGCGCGUGGCGGGCCACGGCCCCGCCGCCGUGCGGGAGCGCACGCAGGAGCAGGCCGCUCCGGACCGAGUUGUUAGUUUCCUAGCUGCAAAUCCCUCCCUAAUUACGGAAAUUAACGUUCAGACCGCCCGGGCUCGCGGGCCAUCUCUGCUGACUGGAUGAGGUCCAAGUGUACGAUAGAGACUUGUAGCCCAGCGGGAGAAGUUUAUAAAUAAAUUUUUCAUUGAUCUUUUUAUACUAAA